UGAACGCCAAGGCUUUCUCGACGCGAGCUCAAACUCGAAGGGAAUCCUAGAGACGGGGCGGGGGGACUACGUCGUGUCUGGGUUUUCGGCAAGGGAGCGGCCAUGGAUCGGUCGAGGUCGGUGAUCUUGCUCGGCCUUUUCAUCACCGGAUGUUUGUUUGCAUUCUCAAUCGCAAAAGAGGAGGCCACCAAAUUGGGAACAGUUAUUGGGAUAGAUCUUGGUACCACAUACUCAUGUGUUGGUGUCUAUAAGAAUGGUCAUGUGGAGAUCAUAGCAAAUGACCAAGGAAAUCGUAUUACCCCAUCAUGGGUGGCAUUCACUGAUAGCGAGAGACUAAUAGGUGAGGCUGCAAAAAAUCAGGCCGCUGCAAAUGCUGAAAGAACCAUUUUUGAUGUCAAAAGACUUAUUGGGAGAAAAUUUGAUGACAAGGAGGUACAAAGAGACAUGAAACUUGUUCCAUACAAAAUUGUCAACAAGGAUGGUAAACCUUAUAUACAAGUGAAGAUCAAGGAAGGUGAGGUUAAGGUGUUCAGUCCUGAGGAGGUUAGUGCAAUGGUUCUUACGAAGAUGAAGGAGACAGCUGAAGCUUUUCUUGGGAAGAAAAUCAAAGAUGCUGUUGUUACUGUGCCAGCUUAUUUCAAUGAUGCUCAGAGACAGGCAACUAAGGACGCUGGCAUCAUAGCUGGCUUGAAUGUGGCUAGAAUUAUCAAUGAACCAACAGCUGCUGCUAUUGCAUAUGGUUUGGACAAGAAGGGUGGUGAGAAAAACAUCCUAGUCUUUGAUCUCGGUGGUGGGACAUUCGAUGUCAGCAUCUUGACAAUUGAUAAUGGAGUUUUUGAGGUUCUGGCAACAAAUGGUGACACCCAUCUGGGGGGUGAGGACUUUGAUCAGAGAAUCAUGGAGUACUUUAUCAAAUUGAUCAAGAAGAAGCACGGAAAGGACAUCAGCAAGGACAACAGGGCUCUUGGGAAGUUGAGGAGGGAGUGUGAGCGUGCAAAGAGAGCUUUGAGUAACCAACACCAAGUCCGAGUGGAGAUUGAAUCUCUCUAUGAAGGCUUGGAUUUCUCUGAGCCACUGACCAGGGCCAGGUUUGAAGAAUUGAACAAUGACUUGUUCAGGAAGACUAUGGGACCUGUCAAGAAGGCUAUGGACGAUGCUGGAUUGGAGAAGCGUCAAAUUGAUGAAAUUGUUCUUGUGGGUGGAAGCACCAGGAUUCCCAAGGUUCAACAGCUUCUGAAGGACUUCUUUGAUGGAAAGGAGCCAAACAAGGGGGUGAACCCUGAUGAAGCAGUUGCAUAUGGUGCAGCUGUGCAAGGAAGCAUCCUAAGUGGAGAGGGUGGUGAAGAAACCAAAGAUAUCCUUCUUUUGGAUGUGGCACCUUUGACUCUUGGAAUAGAGACUGUUGGUGGAGUGAUGACCAAGUUGAUUCCAAGGAACACUGUUAUCCCAACCAAGAAAUCUCAAGUUUUCACCACUUACCAGGAUCAGCAGACUACUGUCUCCAUUCAGGUCUUUGAGGGUGAGAGGAGUCUCACAAAGGACUGCAGAAUGCUUGGGAAAUUUGACCUAAGCGGCAUCCCACCAGCACCAAGGGGAACACCUCAGAUUGAAGUCACUUUUGAGGUUGAUGCGAACGGAAUCCUGAAUGUCAAGGCAGAAGAUAAGGGCACUGGCAAGUCGGAGAAGAUCACAAUCACCAAUGAUAAAGGACGUCUUAGCCAGGAAGAGAUUGAACGCAUGGUUCGGGAGGCGGAGGAGUUUGCAGAGGAGGACAAGAAGGUGAAGGAGAAGAUUGAUGCCCGUAACCAACUGGAGACCUAUGUUUACAACAUGAAGAACACCAUCAACGAUAAGGACAAGCUUGCCGACAAGCUCGAGAGUGAGGAGAAGGAGAAGGUGGAGGAAGCACUCAAGGAUGCCCUCGAGUGGCUUGAUGACAACCAGAAUGCUGAGAAAGAGGAUUAUGAUGAGAAGCUGAAGGAGGUGGAGGCUGUCUGCAACCCCAUCAUCAGUGCAGUGUAUCAGAGAUCUGGUGGUGCACCUGGAGGCAGCUCAGAUAGUGAUGAUGAUUCACAUGAUGAGCUUUAAGUGGAAUGUGUUCUAACCCUCUGAUGAGAGGGAAGAGGAUUUCAGGCAAAAGCUCUUUUUCCUUUUGGUAUUUUUCUAUUAGUUGGAGUGAUGACGAGGGGUAGUGGGGAGGAUACAAGGAGGACGGUUGACUAACUGUGUCCUCCUUGUGCAUAACUUUACUCAGAUUUUUUAUGCCAACUUUGACAAUCUGAUAAUAAUCAGAUGCUUCAAAGUGCAGUUUUUGAUUAAACAUUGAACUGAUUAACGUGGAAAGCAUACAUUCUUGAGGA